GGCAGAAUAAGAAGUGGGUCUUCCAUAUUUCUUGAACAACUUGUGUGGCGGUAGAUCAUCUCAAAACGUGUGCACAGUCAUCAGAAUAUAAUAAUAGCAGAGUAUUAGCCAAAUGGCCGGUUCGAUCUCUUUCGCGCCCAGCAGUGUUCCACAAGUGUCCGGCUUGUUGAAAGACCGAGCCUUAAUCAAAGGAGGACAGCAACAACAACAGUCACCUCCGUCGACCACCAGCAGAUUGAUUUCAAAGAAAAUGUCGGCCACAACAACAACAACAACUACCGGCGUCCACAAUAAGAUGGGCGACCACCACCACCACCACCAGCCCGUCAACGCCAUUAGUCGCAAAUCGUCCGUCUUCACCAUCGAAAAUCUCCUGGCUCCCAGCAUCAAAAGUCCAGCCUCUCCGCCGGUGGUGGUGGUGUCCAGCAACAGCCACAACCGGGCCAGCACUUCGCCCAGCAGCGGCACCUCUCCGUCCGCCUACAGCCCAUCAGCCGAGCUGGUCCAGCAGCAGCAACAACAAUUCCACCAGCAAUUCCAUCACCAUCAGCAGCAGCAACAGAAUUUGUUCUCCGUCGUCGGCGGCGGCCACCAUCCGCACCAACACAUUAUGCCGCUCAGUUUGACCGAUCCGGCUGCUUACGGCUACGCCUAUUUAGGAAUGCUAUCGGGACAUCCUGCUUCCGGGUUGUAUCCGCAACAUUGCGGCGUCAUGCAGCAGCAACAGCAGCAGCAACAGUCGUCGUCGUCAUCGUCGCCUAAUUUAUCUGUGAUAGCGGCCGGCAAUAAUGGCGGCAACAACGUCGGCCCGACCUUAUUCUCCGUGCCUCACCACCACCACCACCUUCUACCACACCACCAGGGAUGCUGGGCAUUCCCGUCGCAUCACCACCACCACCAUCAGUCGAGCGGCAAUUCCAAUCACCUGGUCGUCGGCUCCAGUUUGGCGUCGAUGACGACGUCGAGCGGCAAGCGCAAGCGGCGCCAUCGCACCAUCUUCACCGAGGAGCAGCUGGAAAAAUUGGAGGCCACUUUUCUCCAGACGCACUACCCCGACGUCCUACUCCGCGAGCAGUUGGCCCUCACCGUCGACCUCAAGGAAGAGCGAGUCGAGGUUUGGUUCAAGAACCGACGGGCCAAGUGGAGGAAGCAGAGGCGAGAAGAGCAGGAGCAGAUGCGGGCCAGGCAGCAGAACCCCCACCAGCACCUCGCCGGCCAUCAUCGCUCCUCCUUGGUCAAAGACGCGAUGCUGGACAACGGAGACGACCUCUCCAUGGACAUGGACCUCGACGCCGAUCUCAGCGCAUAAGAGACAAAAAUCUGAUCAUUAAGAUAUGCCUAUACAUAGACGAUACAAAUUUGGAUGUAUUGUGUGUUAAAUAACUUCAACUUGUGUGUCAUUUUAUUUUGUCAACUUGUUUGUUCCUUUUUUUUGAAUUAUUAUUAAUUUUGAAUGGCUUAGAACCGACCAGGAUUAUAUCAUGUAUUAUCUAUAUUAUCAUGUGCAAAGCAUUAUAUAUACACUU